GAGAACUUUUGCAUUCUGGAUGAGCAGAGGUUUGCCAAGGAGCUACUCCCCAAGUACUUCAAACACAACAAUAUCUCCAGCUUCAUACGACAGCUUAACAUGUAUGGUUUCAGGAAGGUGAUUGCUCUGGAGAAUGGCAUGAUUACAGCAGAGAAGAGCUCAGUCAUUGAGUUCCAGCACCCUUUCUUCAAGCAAGGGAAGGCACAUUUACUGGAAAACAUCAAGCGCAAGGUAUCUGCAGUAAGAACUGAGGAUCUCAAGGUCUGUACGGAGGAUUUGCACAAAGUACUCUCUGAAGUCCAGGAGAUGAGAGAGCAGCAGAACAACAUGGAUGUCAGACUGGCUAACAUGAAGAGAGAAAAUAAGGCCCUGUGGAAAGAAGUGGCAGUUCUAAGGCAGAAGCACAGUCAACAACAGAAGCUGCUGUCUAAGAUUCUUCAAUUUAUACUAAGUUUGAUGCGAGGAAAUUAUAUUGUUGGGGUCAAAAGGAAAAGGUCUCUAACGGAUGCUGCAGGUGCUUCACCUUCCAAAUACAGUCGUCAGUAUGUUCGCAUACCUGUGGAGAGCGGCCAAGCGAUGGCUUUUUCUGAACAUAACGCAGAUGAUGAGGAUGGAAAUGGUACAGGUCUCAUCAUUCGAGAUAUCACUGAUACCCUGGAAAACGCCACCGAUGGUCUCCUUGCUGUGGCACACACAAGUGGCAGAGCCAGAGAGACACAGGCAGCUCUGGAUCCCGGCUUACCUAUUUGUCAAGUAUCACAGCCAAAUGAGUUAAACUGUGCAGAACCUAUCCCACCAGUUCAUAUAAAUGAUGUCAGCAAAUCCAGUGAAAUAGGAAAUGUUGCUGUGGAACUCCAUGCUGCACAGCCUAAUGCUCCAGAAGACCCCGUGUCAGUGAUCGACUCCAUCUUGAACGAGAACAACUCUGGAAACCAAAAUGAUCCUCUACUGGACAGAGAAGAAAUUCAGGAUUUUCUUAAUUGCAUUGAUGCCAGCCUUGAAGAGCUUCAAGCAAUGUUAUCUGGGAAGCAGUAUAACUUUGGUUCUGAAGCUUUCAGCGAUACAUUUAAUCCUGAGCUGCCUGCCCUGGAUAUGAGCUUGAUGGAAACUUCCCCUGGUAUGGAAAAUAUCGCAAACUUGGCAGAGAGCACUGAAGAUCUGGGAGCGAGUGAGAGAGAAACAGCAGGAAGCAAAGAUAUGCAGCUGAUACAGUACAGGGCCAAUCCUCUGCUUUCCUUGUUUGAAGAACUACCUUCAAGUGAAGCCGCAGGGAAGACAGAGGAUCCGAAAGACCUUCUGCUGCCCCCCUUGGAGGAGAAACCUGCUCUUCAUCCUCCGUCAGGUAGUGAAACUGUCCUGCCACUAGCAGCUCCAGCAAGCCAGGCAGAGCCUCUGGAUGCUCUGGGAAUGGGUGAUCCACCUCUCCUCUCAGAAGACGGGAAUGGAGAGUAUAAACUGUUUCCACUCUUGCUCCUCAGUCCUGUUGCUAACUUCAUAGAGGAGGCCUCCGAGAUAGAAACUUCUUGA